AUGGGCUUCACUUUCUACAUCGGCGAGCUGCGUGUCUUCUUCCCCUAUGACUCCAUCUACCCGGAGCAGUACAAAUACAUGUGCGAGCUGAAGCGGGCCUUGGAUGCCAAGGGCAACGGCGUCCUGGAGAUGCCCACCGGCACAGGAAAGACCGUGACGCUGUUUGCCCUCAUCACCUCGUACCAAUGGGUGCACCCAGAUGUGGGUCGCCUGGUCUACUGCACCCGGACAGUGCCCGAGAUGAGCAAAGCGCUGGAGGAGCUCCGGAAGGUCAUCGAUUUUCGCGUGGAAGUCCUGGCGAAAGAGCGCAAACUCGAUCCCGGAAAUGAAGAGGCUCCUGAGCCCACGGGUCUGGCAGCUGGACACAUCCUGGCGGUCGGCCUCAGCGCCCGGCGGAACAUGUGCGUGCACCCGGAGGUUAGCAAGGAGGGUGACCGCGAGCGAGUCGACGAGAUGUGUCGAAAGCUCACCGCGCCCUGGGCGCGGGACAAACCGCAGACCAGGUGCGGCCAUUUCGAGAAGUACGAAAGCUCGUUGAACCACUCUUCGCAGCUUUUGGAGACGGGAGUCUACACCAUAGAGGACCUGCGGGAGAAAGGCAUGGAAUCGGGCUACGGCUGGUGCCCGUACUACGCUGCCCGACGGCUCAUCCAUUCGUCAAGCGUUGUGGUGCUGAACUAUCAGCGCUUUGGCUUCUGA